CGGGCCAGGCGGUCGAAGUUGAAGUUCCCCGUUUCCCCAUCACUUUACAUCCUAUCGAGAAACACCUACCCCCUCGCAGCCCAUAUCUUCACCCCGUCUCCGUUCUCUUCCUCUUUCCGCUAUUUCACAGGCCUUUAUCUCUUCGUUUUCCCUUCCCAGCUUGUUUGGCAGUGUUACUCGGCUCUUCAAUUGUGCAGGAUUCGGACUUCCUUUUUGUUAGCUUAGCGUCUCACCUCAAGCUGCUCAAUAUGGACGAUAGCGAGUUACUCAGACAGAUAUCGCUGCUUGCAGGUGCUCUGAAUGGCCCCGUCAAGCCCAUAGCACGAACGCAUUGUGAACAUGGGUUCCACCCCUAUACGAAAGCGCCGAUUCCGGCAGGUCGUGCUCGGGGGCCUCACAACAAAACACUGAUAAACGGGAGCAGUGGGAGAACCGUCACGACAAGUCGGAGUUUUGCCCCAGUAGCGCGGACAAGCACGCAAACGGCAUCGCUGCCAGUGAAAUCCCAUCACCGCAAACUGAUUAAUCAAAAUAGUGGCACGGCCAUGUCUGUCAACCGGAGUACUGGCAGUGCGACCAGUGAGAAUUCAACACUGGGAAGUGGACUGCCACAGGCAUCAUACGUUAAGAAAGGGAACAAGCUUUAUCGCGUUGGAAGUGCAGCGGCCGAAAGUCUGAGUAAGCGUGCUCCAUCCAAAGGAGCACCCAUAACGGCGAAAUCGGUUACGUUUCAUAAAUCCUCAAAACAUCGCACCUUGAUCGUGUCCAAUGGCAAGUCCUAUCAAAAGAGUGCGGACGGACGGAAACUGAUUGUCACUACAUCGCCCUCUGCGUCUCAUCCUGAGACCCCACGUGCUAUCAAAGGCCUCAGCAUCAACGGCGUUGCCUUCAUUCGUGGGGGAGCAUCUGGAAAUAAGUUGGUCCGAGUUACAGAUGCCGACAGGUCAAAGAUAAAAACACCAAAACGAUUAAUUUUGAACGGACAAUCGUUCAGCCGAGCUAAGAGCGGAAACCUCGUGUUAACGAGAGCGCUGCGAACUCCUGACAAGAGCGCGCAUAAAACGUCGAAAUCGCACCAUUCCCGAUUGAAAAAGCAUUGCCAAUUCUAUCGCUUUGGUCAAUGUCAGAAAGGAGCAUCAUGUCCUUACAUUCACGAUCCGGCACGGUUGGCAGUAUGUCCCGCCUUUCUCAAGGGAAGUUGCACGGAAUCGCCUUGCAAACUCUCGCACUCACCCACGGAGUACAACAUGCCAAUCUGUGUCCACUUUGAACGGGGCAGAUGCACCAAGAGCGAGGAAUGCCCUUAUCUUCACGUGAAGCACAGCCUGGAUACAGCGGUUUGCCCAUCCUUCGCGAUGGACGGUUUCUGUCAAGCUGGACGCCAAUGUCCGCUCCGACAUGUGUGCGAGUGUCCAGAAUUUGCUGCUAACGGAAAGUGUUCGAAAAGAAAAUGCAAACUUCCUCACAAGGCAAAGGGGACUGACAAACAGCAGAACGGGAAACACGGCGCCAAUACUUGGGUUUCGCCGGCUGUGUUGGCCCAGAAACGGGCUGCUCGAGGCCGGUUUUGGAACGGUAGAGACUCGGAAUUAGCCGACGAGGAGAGGGAGCAGUUGGAUCGGCUCCCUAUUCGGCCGGAUUUCUCAAUACCGAUUAACGACAUGAGCUCUUCGGACGACUCCGGUUCGAAUGCCGACUCGGACGAUGAAGGCGAAAUGGAAGAGGAGGAGGAGGAGGAAGAUGAGGAGGAAUUUGACCCGACCAGCUCCGAGGGAGAAGAAGCGGAUGACGAUGAUGAAUCCGACGACCGGAGCGAUCAGGUCGGAACGGACGAGGGCACCUCGCAAACGGGGACCGAGGUCGACGUCAUUGAGAUCUUUUCAGAAGAUGAAGAUGAAGUUGGUGCGGGUGCUGCCCAGCAGCCCGUUGGGCCGUAUAUCGGCGCUGAUGAUUGGGUUAGAGUGAAGACGGAGAAAGGCGCGGAUGUGGUUGAUCUCACUAUGGAGUGAGAGCCGCUGUUUUUUUCUUUUCCUCCCCUUUUGGCUGUUUUUCGUCGUGUCUUUGAGCGGGGAAAUAAUUCCUACACCUCUUCGCCUCCAUACCCCCCCUCUCCCUUCUUGGACACUCUCUGUUGCUCGAUUUCCCCUCCCUCUCUUUUGGAUAACUUAUCACUUCUGUUUGUCACCGCGGGUUUCUUUCUUCGAGUUCCUCCCCUCCCCUUCGGUUCAUAGAUAGUGAUGUGUGUUGUAAAGUCUUCAAAGGAGUAGCCUGUCCUGUAAAAAUACUGG